AUGGAGCGUCUCGUGGGCUCUCGCAUGCUCCGGCGAAGGGGGGUGCUCGUCUUGGUCGUGAUUUUACUCGCCAACGCAUAUUUGUUUUGGCGCGGAUGGCCAAAUCAUCUAGGCACCAGUCUAACGGGCAUGUCAAGCUCGAAAACCUCCAAGCUGGAAUCCGUAUUGGAUUCAACAGUACCCGACAUUCAUUCUGUAACGCCUCUGAAUGAUCAGCGACUAAGCUUUUUACGAUAUUUUUUCAAUGAACUCAACGACAAUGCGCCACAAUGCUCUAGCGUGACUCACUCUAGAGAUGUAUAUGGGAUUGGAUUUGAUGCCGUGAAUGAGAUGGAAAGACCGGAUUACAUUUCUCAUGCCGACGACAUCCGAGAGCCGUUAACGAAAUCCCAUAAUGGGUUUGUUGCUGGGAUCAAAGAGAAUUGCUCUCUGCCCUAUAACCCAGGCACCAGAGGCAUUGUAUCCUCGGCCGGUGGGGAUUACAUGCCCACCUUUAUCUCUUCUCUACGCACCAUGCGCCGAACUGGCUGCACGUUGCCCGUCGAGGUCUUUCUCAUUGAUUGGUCGGAAUAUGAACCGUACAUAUGCGAGGUAGUGCUGCCCAAGCUCGACGCAAAAUGUAUGGUACUUGCGGAAAUGAUGGAAAAUGUCCAUUUCCCGGAGGAUGAGGAGUUUCUCGAGAUCAAAAAAUAUCAGAUCAAACCAUUUGCGAUGCUGUUGUCGUCGUUCGAAACCUUUGUUUGGUUAGACUCUGACUGCAUUCCUCUUCACGACCCCGAAACCCUUUUGGAAUCUGAACCCUUCACAUCAACGGGACUUGUGACCUGGCCAGACUUCUGGGCUAACACGGCAUCUUGGCUAUAUUACAACGUCAGUGGCCAAGUCGAGCCUCCCAUGACACACCGAGCAUCCACAGAGGCGGGUAUUUUACUCGUCUCGAAGCCAAAGCAUGCCUUGACCAUCGCCUUGUCUGUCUACUAUAACUACUAUGGGCCGGAUUACUACUGGCCACUGCAGGGACAAGGAGCACAUGGCCAGGGUGACAAAGACACAUUUCUGCAGGCUGCUGGAGCCCUCAACACGAGCUUCUAUGCCGUCAGUGAGCCUAUUGCGAGUGUCGAAUACAUUUCAAAAUCUGGCGGGUUCACGUUCGCCGCGAUGGUACAAGCUGACCCUUUCGAGGACUACAAUCUGACCAGUCAGGGUCUAUGGCGAGUCAAAAAUUCAUCUGUUGCACAAGCGCCACGGGUAUUUUUUGUGCAUGCCUCGAGCCCGAAAUUCAAUGCUGGGACUGGUCUUCUCAAUACACUAGAUCGUGGAGAUGGCACGUCUGGUCGAGCAUGGCUAAAUCCGCCCAUUGUAACCAGUCGAUUUGGCUACGAUAUUGAAAAGAUUUAUUGGGAGGAGCUCAAGACAGUGACAUGUACUCUGGAGCAUGCCUUUUUCUCGUGGCAACACAAGACUGGACUUUGCAAAGACGUCCAGAGUUUUUGGAACAAUACAAUCGACAAUCCCGAUACCACCGUGCCACAAUUAAAUGGCACCGUCAUUCUCGAUGCUCCAUCCCCAGCCACGGAUGACGAAGACCAAGAUGAUGAAGACGGAGAUGAUGAAGAAGAAUCCAAGGGCGAACCCAAAGACGAAUCCAAAGACGAAUCCAAAGACGAAUCCAAAGACGAAUCCAAAGACGAAUCCAAAGACGAAUCCAAAGACGAAUCCAAAGACGAAUCCAAAGACGAAUCCAAAGACGAAUCCAAAGACGAAUCCAAAGACGAAUCCAAAGACGAAUCCAAAGACGAAUCCAAAGACGAAUCCAAAGACGAAUCCAAAGACGAAUCCAAAGACGAAUCCAAAGACGAAUCCAAAGACGAAUCCAAAGACGAAUCCAAAGACGAAUCCAAAGACGAAUCCAAAGACGAAUCCAAAGACGAAUCCAAAGACGAAUCCAAAGACGAAUCCAAAGACGAAUCCAAAGACGAAUCCAAAGACGAAUCCAAAGACGAAUCCAAGGAAGAAACCGAGGAACAGGCGAAGGAACAAAACAAAGAAGAAUAA